AUGGCACGAUGGACAAUCACCGCAGCAGCAGCAGUGCUACUCAUCACCCUCACUCCAACACUAAUUUCGGCCGCCGUCGAGUUGCUCCCCGACUCAGCCCCGACCAUGGACUUGAUCUUCGAGGCUGAGGACAAGUACCUCGUCGAGACUAUCGAACUCAACAAGUGCCACAACACCUUCCCCCUUGCCGACACCUCCAAAUAUAACGCCAUCACUGCCCAGGAGGACGAUAUGGGCGUCAAUUUUUACAUGGACGACAAGUGUGAGGAGUAUGACUUUUCGAUCCUCUCCCAGAUCACAGAGUACCAAGGAGCUUUUGCUUCAGUGAAGUACACGGGCGAGUAUAAGGAUGCCAAAACCGGGUUCUAUGAGAACCGAGAGUUUUCCGAGACGGUCUUCCCUGACGUUGUGGGAACCCCCGAUGCUACCCCGGCGCCUGAUACCACCAACCCCAACACAGGCGCAGGAAGCGGAACUGGAACCCAUCCAGCGGAAGGCACGUCGACGGCUCUUGCGGGUCUUGCAGCGGAUGGCAGCACAACUUUCACCAACCCAAGCGUAGGAUUGGCGGUCGGUAUGGGUAUCAUUGGCACGGUUGUUGUUGCGGGUAUUGUUGCCCUCAGCGUCGUUGUCUACCGCAAAUAUGGUGGCAAGAAGGGUGGCGACGGACGAGCCUUUAUGACGCUGUCGACGGGCCGGGAUGAUUAUGAUGAAGAGACCGGACUCGCUGGCGAGAAUGGCCCUCACUCCUCUGCUCUUAUGCAGUCCCGUGUCGGUGUCUCCUUUGACGACGAGCGGUACCCUCACAACUACCGCGACGAGGCUGAGAAGAGCGACGAUGAGGAUGAGGUGGGGUUGGGCGGAUACCCCCAGGUCCCUGAAGGACCUAUCCAAUACAGCCAUGAAAAAGGAACUCUCCCUCAGAACAUCCGAGCGCCAUAA